AGCCUUGGCGGCUGACAACACUAACCGAAUUUGCGGCUGAAAACUCCAUGUAGAACUUGCUCCAAUACACUAGGGAACAUAUUCUUUAACAACUUUAUCAGGAUAGCUGUGAGUGAACAACCAGUUUGUUCUGGGGAACAGUUUUUGUUAGUUCCUUGUGUGGCUGUCUAUUAUAAUUAUCGAGGCGCAUACGACUUAAUCUUCAAAAAUCAGAUGACAACUCGGCACGGCUACGGCUUAUCUACAAUCAAACCAAGUUUUCUGUCUCAAAGAAUAUCUUAAGAUUCACCUACACAUUUAGCACAAUGUCUUCGAAGCCUCGCGAAACACCGACUAUGGAGUCAUUAGGCCUUCGGGAGUCUGGGCUCUACUUCCCUACCAGUGCAAACAGAGUCAUCAACUUUCCUCCAGAUGUGAUCCGACAAGAUGCCUUAGAUACGCGAAUUGUCGUACACGGCCGCUUUCCCGAGCUAGUUGAACGGUUUCUGGCUCAUAAGCGUAUACACGGAAGUUCUAUAGAAAAGCAGCUAUACGGUCCGGAUUGGACCUGGCCGCAACAAGUAAUGAGACUUAUCGAGAAGCGACCCCUGUCUUUUGUCGGUCCAAACGACUCAACUCUACUACGUACCGGACAAUCAUUUCAAAUGGGAACUAGGUUUUGGGAUUCAAUAGGCGCUGAAGGUACACCUUACAAGCCCCUAGAAGAGUACUUAACCUACGAUGAGAUCAUGCUUGGUAGCUUGAUAGGGGUCAGCAGUCCAAGUUACUUUAUUAACGAUGGCGCCCGGGGUAACAAUGGGAUGCCCCAGGACGCUGGAACAUUUGAGCCUAGGGGGAUCAUUAUAGGAUUAGUCGGGCCGCGAUUUGAGCGGCUACUGCAUAUGGACUCUAACCUCAUCCUAGACGGUGUGGUAGCAAGACAACAACAUCCUCAACUCACCAAUAUAUUUUUGGAUUUCCUUGGUGUUGGGGAAAGAUCGGAAUUGCAGAUGGAAAGGUUCUCCAUACGAGCCUAUACCCAGCGUAUACGUAUUAGCGCCGAUAUUCUGCUUCUGGAGGCAAAUGAACGCGCGAAGGCCGUAGGCCGAAAGGCGUAUGUCUACAUAGUAGGCCUCGGCCUCGGUGCAUGGUUAUACGAUCCGUUGCAGCCCGAGUUAUUCAUAAAUGCUUUCCAAGAGUCAUUGAUGGUUCUAGGACCGAAGCUGACACAUAUUAGAACACUUGAUUUCGCAUGGAUUCGAGUGGCAGGGGAGAUCCAGAAACAGCUAGCUGGUAUCACAAUGGGACUAGGCAUCACUGCCGUAUUCUCAAGGCGUAAUCCAGCUGAAAAGUUGAUAGACCAAAGAGCAGACCAGCUUCUCGUCAUAUCCUACGCGUGGGAUGGUAAUUCAUUUCCGGGUAACGAAUAUUGGGAGGGAAAUCUAAGUGGUAGUGGUGAUCCUGCAGCGGCAUGUAUGAGUACAAUCGCUGAGCUACAUAAUCCCCUGGUCAAUCCGGACUUUACCAAGCGAAUCUUUGUGGUAGACAGCUCAGAGAAGUGAAGGAAACAUAGCGAUUCAUACUAAGCCUAGUACAAUGGUUCUGAUACUCUAGGGCAUUUUUUGCUAUUAGAAAAGCGUACAAUUAAUAGAAGAUUUAUGUAGCUCUAUAAACUCAUAUCUAAUCCCUACACUUUCAUGAGGGAAC